AUGAAGUCGAAGUCGGAUGAGAAGCUUUCGGCUGCUUCCGCUUCGCAACUUCCUUUCAUACGAAGAGUUGUCGUCUUGUUACGUCCUUAAACUCGCAAGAGUAAUCCUUGGCUCACUAUCAAGAUGGUCAGGGAGGAUAAGACGACCUGGAAGAGCAACUACUUCCUGCGGCUGGUGCAGCUGCUCGACGAGUACCCCAAGUGCUUCAUCGUGGGCGUCGACAAUGUCGGCUCAAAGCAGAUGCAGACGAUCCGUGUUUCGCUGCGCAAGCACGCCGUCCUGCUCAUGGGCAAGAACACCAUGAUCCGCAAGGCCAUCCGUGGACACCUGGACAACAACCCGGCCCUCGAGAAGCUGCUCCCGCACAUCAAGGGCAACGUUGGCUUCGUCUUCACCAAGGAGGACCUGACCGAGGUGCGCGAGAAGAUAAUCGACAACAAGGUGAAGGCGCCCGCCCGAGCUGGCGCCCUGGCCCCGCUCGACGUCAUGAUCCCGGCGCAAAACACCGGCCUUGGCCCCGAGAAGACCUCUUUCUUCCAGGCCCUUCAGAUCCCUACCAAGAUCUCGAAGGGUACCAUUGAAAUUCUCAACGAGAUCCACUUGAUCAAGAAGGAUGACAGGGUUGGGGCUUCUGAGGCCACCCUUCUCAACAUGUUGAACAUCUCGCCAUUCUCGUACGGCCUGAAGAUUCUCCAGGUGUACGAUUCUGGCACUGUCUUCUCUCCCGACAUUUUGGACAUCACACCAGAGGACCUGCGAUCAGCGUUUGUUGAAGGUGUCCGCAAUGUCGCUGCUGUAUCCUUGUCCAUCGGAUACCCGACUGUUGCAUCGGUUCCACACUCCAUUGUCAAUGGUCUCAAGAACCUCAUUGCCAUUGCUGUGGAGACAGACAUCACAUUCAAGGAGGCAGAAAUGGCCAAGGAGUACCUCAAGGACCCGUCGAAGUUCGUUGCAGCAGCAGCUCCAGCCGCAGGAGGUGGGGCAGCCGCAGCCAAGCCGGAAGCCUCGAAGAAGGAAGAGGCCAAGAAGGAGGAAUCCGAAGAGGAGGAUGACGACAUGGGCUUCGGACUCUUCGACUGAGCUUCCAUAUGGCUGGCUGCCCACUGCUGCUUUGCAGCAGUGGCUUUUACCGCUCCUCAAUAAAGUUGCUCAGAAAGGUC